AUGUUUAGGACAUUUCGAAUUGCUCGAUGGGUCCUUCCUCGAAGGAUUGGGCUCCUCGGAUGUCGGUUUCAGUCCACCCUGGAGUUUAAAGAGCUACACCCAUCGUUGUUGAAGAAAGCUCAUCAGAGCGUACAAGAGAUAGUUCAACUGGAUCAAGCGCUAAGCAAGGGUGAUGGGUUUGAUGCUGAAACCCAGAAGACGUACUCUCGUGUGUCUUCGAUUAGAAGCAUGUACGAGGAGUACCAGGAGCUGUUGGAUAAUUUGAAGGGUUUACAAGAGAUGAUCCAGACAGAUCCAAGUUUGAAAGAUGAUGCAAAAUCAGAAUUUGACAAUUCUCUACCACAAUUCCGUCAGGUAUCUAAUAAUCUGCUGCGAAAACUUUUACCACCCCAUCCAUUUGCCGAAAAGGCAUGUAUUCUUGAGUUAAGGCCUGGCGUCGGUGGUACUGAAGCUAUGAUCUUUACACAGGAUUUACUAAACAUGUACAUUGGAUACGCCCAGUACCACCACUGGAAGUACCAUGUUAUUGCACAGAAUGAAAAUCAGAGUGGAAAUGGUCUGGUAGAUGCCAUUUUGAGUAUAGAUGAGCCGGGGGCCUAUGAUAAACUGAAGUAUGAAUCUGGUGUACAUCGUGUGCAAAGAAUUCCAGCUACAGAGACGAAGGGUCGUACGCACACUUCUACCGCAGCUGUCAUAGUAUUACCGCAGAUUGUAGAAUCUGUAAAGGAUGCAGAACAAUCAGAACGUUCUUUUAGACCUGAUGAAAUUCGAAUCGAUGUGAUGAGAGCUGGUGGUAAAGGUGGGCAGCAUGUUAAUACUACUGAUUCAGCCGUGAGAAUUACACAUUUCCCUUCAGGUAUAGUGGUAGCAAUGCAAGAUGAAAGAUCUCAACAUAAGAAUAAAGCCAAGGCAUUCGCCGUGCUUAGAGCACGAUUGGCUGAAAGAGAACGUAAGGAGAAGGAAAAUAGUGAAAGAGCUGCGAGAAAGGAUCAAGUGACUACUACUGAUAGAUCUGAUAAGAUUAGAACUUAUAAUUACCCACAAAACCGUAUUACCGACCACCGUUGUAAUUUUACGCUAUAUGACAUUGAGGGCGUUACUUCAGGUGUGAAGUUAGAUGAGGUGAUUGAUUCUAUGGCAGCAAGAGAUUUCGAGGAAAGGUCAAAAUCUCUAAUUGAAUGA